ACCAUCAUCUCCCAUAUCAAGACAUCACGAAGCCUCCACAUCAUCUGCCACAUCCCAGUCUUCUGCUGGAUCACUGCUACAGUUCUGGAGGAUGUGUUGAAAAGCAGAGAGGGAGGAGAGCUGCCCAAGACCCUGACUGAGAUGUACAUCCACUUCCUGGUGGUUCAGUCCAAACUGAAGAACAUCAAGUAUGAUGGAGGAGCUGAGACAGAUCCACACUGGAGUCCAGAGAGCAGGAAGAUGAUUAAGUCUCUGGGAAAACUGGCUUUUGAGCAGCUGCAGAAAGGCAACCUGAUCUUCUAUGAAUCAGACCUGACGGAGUGUGGCAUCGAUAUCAGAGCAGCCUCAGUGUACUCAGGAGUGUUCACACAGGUCUUUAAAGAGGAGAGGGGGCUGUACCAGGACAUGGUGUUCUGCUUCGUCCAUCUGAGCGUUCAGGAGUUUCUGGCUGCUCUUCAUGUCCAUCUGACAUUCAUCAAGUCUGGAAUCAAUCUGCUGGAAGAACAAACAACAUCCUGUUGGUCUGAAGUGUUCAGAGACAAAUCACCACGUUUCUACCACAGUGCUGUGGACGAGGCCUUAAAGAAUCCAAAUGGACACCUGGACUUGUUCCUCCGCUUCCUCCUGGGUCUUUCACUGCAGACCAAUCAGACUCUCCUACGAGGUCUGCUGACACAAACAGGAAGUAGCUCACAGACCAAUCAGGAAACAGUCAACUACAUCAAGAAGAAAAUCAGUGAGAAUGUGUCUGCAGAGAGAAGCAUCAAUCUGUUCCACUGUCUGAAUGAACUGAAUGAUCUUUCUCUAGUGGAGGAGAUCCAACAGUACCUGAGAUCAGGAAGUCUCUCCACAGAUAAACUGUCUCCUGCUCAGUGGUCAGCUCUGGUCUUCAUUUUACUGUCAUCACAAAAAGAUCUGGACUUGUUUGACCUGAAGAAAUACUCUGCUUCAGAGGAGGCUCUUCUGAGGCUGCUGCCAGUGGUCAAAGCCUCCAACAAAGCUCUGUUGACUGACUGUAACCUCUCAGAGAGAAGCUGUGCAGCUCUGUCCUCAGUUCUCAGCUCCCAGUCCUCUAGUUUGAGAGAUCUGGACCUGAGUUACAACAACCUGCAGGAUUCAGGAGUGAAGCAGCUUUCUGUUGGACUGGAGAGUCCACACUGCGGACUGGAAACUCUCAGUCUGUCAGGAUGUGUGAUCACAGAGGAAGGCUGUGCUUCUCUGGCCUCAGCUCUGAGCUGCAACACCUCCCAUCUGAGAGAUCUGGACCUGAGUAACAACAACCUGCAGGAUUCAGGAGUAAAGCUUGUUUCUGCUGGACUGGAGAGUCCACACUGUGGACUGGAAACCCUCAGGCUGAGUGUCUGUAACCUCUCAGAGAGAAGCUGUGCAGCUCUGUCCUCAGUUCUCAGCUCCCAGUCCUCUAGUCUGAGAGAUCUGGACCUGAGUAACAACAACCUGCAGGAUUCAGGAGUGAAGCAGCUUUCUGCUGGACUGGAUAGUCCACAAUGUACACUUGGAAGCCUGAGGUUGAGUGACUGUAACCUCUCAGAGAGAAGCUGUGCAGCUCUGUCCUCAGUUCUCAGCUCACAGUCUUCUAAUCUGAGAGAUCUGGACCUGAGUAACAACAACCUGCAGGAUUCAGGAGUGAAGCAGCUUUCUGUUGGACUGGAGAGUCCACACUCCAGACUGGAAACUCUCAGUCUGUCAGGAUGUCUGAUCACAGAGGACGGCUGUGCUUCUCUGGCCUCAGCUCUGAGCUGCAACCCCUCCCAUCUGAGAGAGCUGGACCUGAGCUACAAUCAUCCAGGAGACUCAGGAGAGAAGCUUCUGUCUGCUGGACUGAAGGAUCCGCACUGGAGACUGGACGUAUGGACAGACAGAGAACUCAAACUGUCUGAUAACAACAGGAAGGUGACCUAUGUGUAUCAGAUUCAGUCAUAUCCUGAUCAUCCAGACAGAUUCAAUGUCAGGCCUCAGCUGCUGUGUAGAAAUGUUCUGACUGGUCGCUGUUACUGGGAGGUCGAGAGGAGAGGAAGAGUUUCUAUAUCAGUGAGUUACAGAGGAAUCAGCAGGAAAGGACGCAGUGCUGACUGUGUGUUUGGAAGGAAUGAUCAGUCCUGGAGUCUGAACUGCUCUGAUGAUGGUUACUCUGUCUGUCACAAUAAGAUAGAAACACCCUCCUCCUCCUCCUCCUCCUCUGUCUCUAACAGAGUAGCAGUGUAUGUGGACUGUCCUGCAGGCACUCUGUCCUUCUACAGAGUCUCCUCUGACACACUGAUCCACCUCCACACCUUCAACACCACAUUCACUGAACCUGUGUGUGCUGGAUUUGGGUUUGGAUUUGGGUCCUUGCCAUCUGGUUCCUCAGUCUCUCUGGUUCCUCUGUAGGAGGGAGAGUCUCUCUGGUUCCUCUGUAGGAGGAAGAGUCUCUCUGGUUCCUCUGUAGGAGGAAGAGUCUCUCUGGUUCCUCUGUAGGAGGGAGAGUCUCUCUGGUUCCUCUGUAGGAGGGAGAGUCUCUCCUGUGGACAGAAACUCUUCUGACUGAAGAUCAGCUGCUGAAAUCAAACAUCAAACACUCUGCAGUGUGAAGCAGAUCUGUCUCAGACUCACAUUUUUCCCUCUAAACUUCUCAUAUGCUUUCAUUUCAAUAAAUGUUGAAAUGAUCC